GUCCGUGGCGGUCCUGCACGUGCGCGCCGCAGUGUAGGAGUCAAAUACCGACAGCUUGGUCAGACCUGAAACAACAAACAGGGGCAAUGGCAGGGAAUCACUGGGGAUAUGGAAAAGAGGACGGUCCUUCUGUAUGGCACAAAAACUACCCCGUUGCUCAGGGUAACCGGCAGUCUCCCAUCGACAUAGUCCCUCAUCAGGCUUCUUAUGAUCCCAGUCUGGGCCCGAUUGUCCUAAACUACGAUCAAUGUACCUCCAUCAACAUCGCCAACAAUGGACAUUCUGUUGUUGUUGAGUUUGAUGACUCGGAUGGCCGCUCAGUGAUCCAGGGAGGCCCACUUGACAAUCCCUACAGACUGAAACAGUUUCACUUCCAUUGGGGGGGGAAGGGCUGCCAUGGGUCUGAGCAUACUGUUGCAGGAAAUGGCUAUGCAUCUGAGCUUCAUCUAGUCCACUGGAAUGCUAUCAAGUACAAGACAUUUGGGGAGGCAGCAACAGCUCCUGAUGGCCUUGCUGUCCUUGGAAUUUUUUUAGAAAGAGGUGAUGACCACAGAUGGCUCCACACGAUAACAGAUGCCCUGUACAUGGUGAAGUUUAAGGCUAGUGUCACAAAUUUCAAAGGUUUCAACCCAAAGUGCCUCCUACCCAGCAGCCUCCACUAUUGGACGUACCUGGGCUCACUGACCACACCCCCCCUGCAUGAGAGCGUCAACUGGAUCAUCCUGAAGGAGCCUAUUGUAGUUUCUGAAAAACAGCUGGGCAAGUUUAGAAUGCUUCAGUUCAGUGGAGAGGAAGAUGAUCAGAGGAUACGCAUGGAAAACAACUUCAGGCCUCCCCAGCCUCUCAAAGGCAGGAAAGUGCGUUCCUCUAAUUAAUGUGACCUCAAGAGAUCUGGAGUUAUAGAUAACAACUGUGAAAGCACUGAUUUGAGUGUACUUCUUACCACAUGGUAGCAUUUCCUGAGGACUUUUGAUUUACUUUGUACUGAGGGGGGGGGGUCCUUCUCACCACUGCCAGCAUGUUGAGAUGCAUGUUUCCCUCUACUGGUCAGAAGCUUUUAUUUAUGGGUUGUUUGAAUAUUUUUGUAAUGCAUUAAAAGUCUUGCAAUUUUUGCUGAAUGAAAUAAAAUUCAAAAUAAUUUGUACA